AUGACCGACUUCGCAGAAUCAGCACUGGCAGCUUCGGUGUCAAGCCCUCCAUCUCCGCCCGCAGAUCAUGUAGCUUCAGGACAAGAUGGGGAUAAUAAGUUUCAAAAGGCAAUUUCGGCAUGGAGGACAAUCGAUCUUACCUCCAUGAUCCCGUCUCUUGACAAUACCGCAUCAGAAAUUGUUCAAUAUCAGAGAGACUCAACCGUGCAGCGCAAGGAAUUGGCACAAAAGACGAAGGACUUCCGGAAGUUAGAUGACACAAAUAAGCUAUCUGAGAUCAAAGGGCUAUUGAAAGCAUACCAGACCUUUAUAGAUCUCCUCACGAACCACUCAAAGUCUACGAAUUCAGCUUUUCUACAAGUGUACUCGUCCUUAUCCGAGGCCCCAGAUCCAUAUCCUUUGCUUGAAGCAUCAGUCGAUUCCCUGCUGCUAUCUGAGGAUACACUCCCUAAGAUUACACAAGAGAACGAGCAUCUUCAGAAAAGUGUCAGCAAGCUCACGAGUCAGUUGGAGGAUACGGAAUCCAGAUUAGAAAAUGAACGAAAUGCGCGCAAAAAUCUAGAGGAAGGUCUAGAAAUUAAAGUGAAAGAUGUCGAAACUUCCUGGGCCGCUGUUCUGGAAGAAAAGAAGGACAAUUGGGAAGCGAAAGAGAAAUCAUUAGAGGAGAAGGUGGAAAAUCAGGAGCGCUUAUUGAAUGAAAUCAAGGCGAGCUAUGAGGUCAACCAGCGUCUGGGACAAUCCGAGAAUGCAGAGGAUGGAAGUCGCGGGCAUGUUACUAGUGCGGAAUUGGAGAUGGUUACAUCUGAUUUGGAACGUACAAGCGUCCGUUUAGCGGAAGUUGAAGCUCGAAAUGAACAACUACGAAUAGAAUUAGCUCAGUCGGCUUCCCAAGUCCCAAGUCAGCCAGCAUUGGCUUUGGAAGACGAGCCAGCCUACAUGCGCUUAAGAUCCGAAAAUUCAUCGUUAUUGAGGAAAUUAGACGCAGCAAGAGUUGAAAGGGAUGCCAAAAAGCGAGAUCUCGAUACCAAGCUUCGAAGUCUAGAGAGAGAAAUUGGGAUGCUUAAAGAAGAACGCGAUUCAUUGAAGACUAAAGUCCAAAAGUGGAGCGAUUAUGAGGAUGUCAAGCAGGAACUUGAAGUUUUGAAGAGUAUCGAAUUUUCUAUGGGAGAUGACGAUGAAACGCAAGAUAUUGGGGCUAAUUCCAAUGUCCCAGAACUGACAGGAAAUGGCUCAUCCGGAAAAGCGAAGGGGAGACAUUGGAGCAACUUCUUCUUGCUAGAAACAAAAAGUUGA